UCAUCAUUUCAUGAGUCUAUUGAUGCUUCUUCGCCUUUGCUGCUUGGUGGUGGUGAUGUUGAUCCCGUCAAGUUCUUUGAUCAUGGUAAAGGCAUACACAGUGGAGGGACUUCGAUUAGAACUUGUAUCUGUCACAAACAGAUUCUACGCUUCACAUCUUUCAUAGUGGGUGGAGGUCUUCUUUUGUGUGGUCUGAUAGCUCAGGAUAAUGGGAGGCACAGCUUUGGCCACACAGGAGGUUUCACUUGCCCUUUUGUUCCAUUCCUACCAGUUGCUUGCAUGCUUGGGCGGGACGUGGCUCCGAGUAUCAGUAUGGCUGCUGAUUGGAGCAGUUAUCUACUUGUUCUAUGGUCGGACUCACAGCUCUCUCAUGGAUGCCGUUUACGUUCCUAA